UUAAAAUUUCCGCUACAACGAGACAAGCGUCCAGCGUUCCCAGUUCCUCUUCAGAUGACAAAGGGAACUGUUGACUUGAUAGUCCGCAAUCAAACUGUCGCGGAUGUUCGCACUCAGUUGACUUUGACAGUAGCUGCUUCAUAUUUGCACUCAAUUUAGAAAUACCUGACGGUAUGUUCUGCAGCACAGUAUGCAGUCUGUCAAAUCUAAAAAAACUUAACUUGAUCGUACAGGUGACUUAAUCUGUUGCUAACGCACUGCCUACACGCCUAGAUUCGUACUUUGAUGGCGACGUAUCUAUUUGUAUGGGACUACUCAAUUCACAUCUACAAAAUAAAGAAACCUAUUUGGCAAUCAGCGAGGCAACACUGUCGAACAACCGAAAUUCGGGAUAUUAAACGCGGUUAUUUUCAGCCUGCAUCUCAGCAACAUCCAUGUCAUCGGAAUUAUAAAGAAACCCUUCUUUACGCUUCAAUGCACCUCUACGAAAUUUUACGAUUCCCGUGAGUUUGGGGAAAUGUAUUACUCACUUUAUGUAUGCAGAAAAAUUGGGGGAAAAAUCUAUUCUAAUUUACAAUGUACAUCCUUUAAUGGACGCGAAGUCGUUGUUGGAUUUCUUUAAAUCAUUUGGUGAAAUAACUAGUUUACGCUACUCACCACCUGAAGCCCGAUGUGUCUUUGAAUUUAACGAAUCACAAUGUGUAGAAAAAAUUCUAGUAUCUCCAAUGAAUACAACUUACGAGUUCAGCUUGACCGAUAUUAACAUUCCUGAAUGCUAUUUAACUCGAAAUCCCGAAUGGAUAAUAGAUUAUCAAAAGUCUAAAAGUGAUUCGGAAGCUAUUCUACAGAAUUAUUUCAAGAAACGUAUGGAAUACAGUAAUAAACCUGAUGAUGACGGUUGGAUCACGGUCAGAAAAGGACUGCGACUUUAA